ACCUCGUAGUUGGAGUAGUAUUUGAUUUGUAGGUCAAAGGCCUUGGGAUCGUAUGUUUAUUAGAGCUUCAGAUAAAUGCUACCUACAGUUUAUUGCUUAUAUAUAAGCACAAGCAUAUCAGGUGACUUCGUAUAUGUAUCACUUACAUAUAACUCAUUGUGCAUAAAUUUGUAAAUCAAUCCCCAGAAGCCUGCUCAAAUCCGUUAUUAACUUUAUAGAAGUUCCAUCUAACCAAAUAUGACUCAGUCAUCAUACUUAAUGGCCUUUAUUCGGAGUCUCAUGGAAAAUAGCUCCAUGGACAUCCGAGAAAAGAAAAGACGUCAACUCGAAAAAGACUUCACAGAAACAGGAGCGGUGCUCAACAUAUGUCUCACUGAAAAGUUUGGUGAUGUGAACAAGAUUUUGAACACUUAUGGAAUUGUUUCACAGCGUGUUAGGGAUAACAAGACGUCUGUCGCUAAAAUACAAAGGGAUCUUAUCGAGUGUAAAAGUUUGCUAUAUUGCAACAGGGAAGAACUAAGGAGACUGUGGCUGGAACUCGUUGAGCAGAGACGAUGCUUAGAGUUGGUAGAUCAGUUAGAUCGUCUACGUUCUACCCCGGAUGCAUUGGGGUAUUUAGUAACCGCUCGUGCGUGGUCUGAAGCCACUUCCUUAAUGAUCAACUCGAAUUAUAUGCUUGAGUCGGAAAUUGCCUCAAUACCCGCAGUUCAAACACUGAAAACUGACCUGGCACAUAAAAACAAGUUUCUUAUUGAUGAACUGAGAAAAGAACUAAACCGUUUGCUUUAUGAUAAACCCUUUAUUUUGGCUUUGGACAUGCACAUCAGAAAUCCUUCACGAGAUAAAUCAGUUCGCUCUCAUUCUGAUUUACAAAAUAUCAAUUCACUGAAUAAAGCUGCUGUUACACAUUUUGUUAGUUUACCAUUAUCUGAUUGGUAUAAUGCAUCAGUCAGUGAACCGGUAGUUGAUGCGAAUCUAUAUAAAGAACCUAGAACAGUGGCUACAGUGAUUGCACGGUCUACAGUAACAGCUUCACAUCAUGAUGAUGACACAGUUGAUUCUCAACAACAUCAGCAACAUAAUAGUGCCUUAUCUCAUUCUGAUUGGAUACGUGAAAUUGUAGCUGUAACACAUUGUCUUAUACGCUUGCAAAAAUUACCACAGUAUCUAGGUGAUUGGCGUCCUCAAUCGUAUAUUUCACAAAUAGCUGGAACUGGUCAUGUGUUUACGGCACCAUUGAUUCUAGGACAAGGCUUAAUUGGUGAAAUUCAUCGUUCAAUUGUUUUGAAAUUAAGUAAAACAAUUGAAAACAGAGCAAUUGCUCAAAAUGAUACUGUCCCAUUGUCAGAAAUUAAUUCACCUAGAUAUUUGAUCAAAUUAUUGGAAUUAGUAUUUGAUGCUUUAUUUAUGCAAGCUAGAGCAUGCCUUCUUGUUUUACGUACUUUGAAUGGAGCUAAACAGAAACAUGUCAGGUUUUCAACAGAAUUACAAGGUUUAACUACUCAUUAUAUCUGGUCUUGUGUGCAAUAUGAAGUCUAUUGUAUUUUAUUAACACAUUUAAAUAAUAUUUCACCAAGUGAAUUAAAUGAAUUAUCACUUUCAUCAAAUAAAAAUGGUUUACUUAAAUUACAAGCACGAACUGGUAGAAACAGUUUUGUUAGCGGAGGGGAUAUUACACCAGGAAGUGAUAAUUCCAGUGCUUCAUUAAAUCUAUCAAAAGUGGAUUUAAAUGCAUUAAUGGGUCGUAAACGAAUUGGAGCAUUUAAUUUUGCAUCAAUAACUACAAGUUCAAGUAAUAGUAAUAGUACUGCUGCUUCUUCUACUACCACUACUACAAUUACUACUGCCAAUACUAUUAAUGCUAAUUCUACCAUUACUACUCCUGGAAAUAUUACUAAUACACGAGAUUCUCAGUCUGUUAUUGGCACAAUCUCAGGAAACGUUAUGUCAAACCAUAUUGGUAAUAUUGGAAGUGGAAACUUCACCACUAAUACAACUGCUGCUACGAAUCAAGGUCAAAGUAAUGUGCCAUUAUUUAGCUUUUCUAAUUCAUCACAUUAUCUUGGAAUAUCUACAUAUUUAUCAGAAAGCCGUGCAAUGUCAGGUUUACCAGGUGUUGAGACUCAGUCUGGACAAAAUCUCACUGAGAAAUCAGCUCCAAUUUACCCGUUAGCUUGUCGACCAUCUGGUGAUAAUAUAUUAAGUGUAUACAAAAUGGUUAUGGAAUUCAUUGAAGCUGUCGAAUGGGAAAUGAUCAAAUAUACUGAAUUUUCUGAUCUACAUUCUGUGUCCUCUCCUCAUUCUAAUACAAGCAAUGAUUACCGUCAACAAUGUCAAUUACGUACAUUACUCAAAACUUUCAUUGAAACUAUUUAUCUACCUGGAAAACUUUCUUCUUUACGUAAUAAACUUCAGAAAUCACUUAAUUCGCCAGACGUUUUAACAUCAGUUGUAUCUCAACAAACUGAACGUGAACUGAAUCUUAAUAGACCAGUUCUUUUAAUCGUUUACGUCGUGGACCAGUGUUUAAAUGAAGUAAGAAAAAUGUGUGUCGCUUUACCAGAGUUUGCAAGUGGUUGUCUACACAUUGGUCUAACAAUUUUGGAAGAUUUUAUCACUGCUAUAUGGAGGAUUUAUAAAAAUAUAGGUGAACUUGAAACAGGUCUUGCUUUGCCAAGUUCUGAAUGGUCAAAAGAUGAUGAUGUUAGUCGAUUUUGGAAAAAAUUCCCAUCAUGGCAACGUAUGGCUACACAUGAAGCACGUUUAUUAGCUAAUAAUACAAUAAUGGAGAAGUCAUUGGCUAAGAAAAAAGCACACGAAACAACUUAUAAUCAUGAUAAUAGAACAAUGAAUGCAAAUUCAUUUAAUGAUAUACAAAUAAAACGAUUAGAAGAAAAAGAAGAGACUGAAAAAUUAAAUGCUAGAGAGAAAAUGAAUGAAAGUGAUACAAUCAUUAAACCAGUUUGUGCAAUCGCUUUAGGCUUAUAUAAUAAUGAUACAAUUGGUUGUAAUAAUAUCAAUAUACCAAGUAUAAUACCAUUUGCUAAUGGAUUAAAUAAUAAUUCCGAUAAUAUAGAUGAUGCAGAAAGAGGUUUAGAAUAUAUGCGUCUACAUGGAAUAAUUCAUGAACGUGAAGCGACAAGAUUAGCUGUUGCUGAAACUGACCAAUUAAUUCAUAUGAUAAGACAUGAAUUACCCGAAUGUGAGAAGAAAUCUGAUCAAAUUUUACCUACAUUACGAAAUAUUCAAUUAAUUAAAGCAUUGGGUCGAUUAACUGAAUCAUUGUGCUGGCUCUGUUAUCGUGUACUGAAUUUAGACACAUGGACUCAAGGUUCAAAAAAAUAUCAAAUAAAAUCUUCCAUAUCUAUUAGUACUAAUAGAAGUGAAUCAGUAGUUGGUGGAAUACGUACAUCUUCUGAUUAUUAUUAUAAUUCGUUUGUCUCUUAUGCAAAAGAAUUAAAUCGUUUCUCAGAAGCAUGUCUUUUAAUGACUUAUUUAGAAGUAAGAAUACAGGCAUAUAACUAUUUCGGUACAUUACCUGAUGGUGUUACUUAUUGGUGUCCAUUAGACGAUGUUGAUGUUGAUAAAUAUGUGACAGAUUUUCUUGGAUAUAUUGAACAAGUUAAAGAUUUAUCGAUACAUACAUUUAGUCGGCAUAAAUUUCGAUUUAUUUUCGAUGGUCUUGGAGAUUUCAUUUCACAACUGUUAUUACGUUUAAUCCCACAAAUUGAAAGAAUGAAUUCAAAUGGUAAUAAGAAAAUGUGUCGAAAUGUUUAUCGACUACAACAAGCAUUGGCAACUUUAACUGAAACACAUGAAUCUGAUUUAAUUCGAGUGAAACAAUUAUAUGAAUUGUUCUUUUUAACACCUGAAGCAGUUGUGAAUCGUUUAAUGGAACAUGGUAUUGCAUUUGAUCAUGCAGUAUAUGCUAAUCUUUUUCAUUUAUAUCAACGCAGUCAUUCAACAUAUGCAUAUUCGAAAAUACAAAGUUGUAUCAGUAGACUGGCUACUGUUACACAUAGUGGACAAAUUUAAAAGAAAAAUUCUACAUUGUAUCUCAUACUAAAUACAACAAAAUCGGUUGAAUUCAUUCUCUUCUUGUUGACUGUUUACAAACAAUAAAAUAAUUUACUUUUUUUAUGACUAAUUAACUUUUCUUUUUUCUUUUUUGUAAUCAGUUUCCUUUUCUUUAAUGGUUCUUGUUGUAUGUAUAAAUAUCAAAUAUUUCUUUUAAUAUUCUGUUGAAUUUAUUGUAUUACCAGAUACUGAAACAUGCACAGUGUUUACCAAGGGGAAAGUUUUCAGAAAUUGUGAUUAUUUGCAUAGCUUUUUCAUACUAAUAAAUGUGACUAGUAACAC